UCACUCAAUCUCAACUCCGAUAACUCCCCGUCGACUACAAGCUUCAUUCUCUUCAACGUAAAACACCUAAUCAGUGUCCAAUGGAAACUGGCGGCAAGGCAAAGAAAGGCGCAGGAGGAAGAAGAGGAGGCGAGAAGAAGAAGGCAGUUUCUCGCUCCGUCAAAGCCGGUCUACAGUUCCCCGUCGGCCGUAUAGCUCGUUAUCUGAAGAAAGGAAGAUACGCUCAGCGUGUCGGUACCGGCGCUCCCGUCUACUUAGCCGCAGUAAUGGAAUAUUUAGCCGCUGAGGUUCUCGAGUUGGCUGGAAAUGCGGCUAGAGACAACAAGAAGAACAGGAUCAUUCCAAGACACGUUCUAUUGGCGAUUAGGAACGACGAGGAACUUGGAAAGUUGCUUGCCGGCGUAACUAUUGCUAGCGGUGGUGUUCUUCCGAAUAUCAAUCCGGUUUUGUUGCCGAAGAAGACAGAUAAGGGUACGAAAGAACCGAAAUCGCCAUCAAAGGCCGGAAAAUCUCCAUCGAAGGCGGCUUAAGGGUGGAAUUAUAGAGUUAGGGUUGGAUGAAUGUUGUAAUUUAUGAUGGUAUGUUGGAUUUGUUCUUCAAUGGUUUUUUUUUUUUUUGUUUUUGUUUUUGUUUUUUUUUUUUUUUUUGUAAGUGUGGACGAAGAAGAAUUAGGUAUUUGGGAAUGCAAUACUGUAUUCGAUAUUUACAAGCGAGGAAUCAAUGAGAUGACUUAUCAUGUUCUUCAUCUUCAAGAAA